ACCCCCUCAAAAAAAAAAGUUACUGUCAAUUUUCCUCCUCUUUCUCUAAAGUGUUCCUUUCGCAUCUUCGCUUUUUCAAAUUCUCAAUUGCUUGCCCUAAUUUUCUCUCUCUUUCGCAAAUCCAAUAGCAAAUCGACUAAUUCUCGGGAAAGUCCAGAGACAAAAAAUCCCAGCUGAUAUAUGGAGAGGAUCGUCGGAGAGAAGUACAAGUUAGGUCGCAAAAUCGGAAGUGGAUCAUUUGGUGAAAUCUUUCUCGCUACUCAUAUUGACACGGGUGAAACUGUUGCGGUAAAGAUUGAAAACAGGCAGACAAAACAUCCUCAAUUGUUAUAUGAAGCCAAGUUGUAUAAUAUUCUUCAAGGAGGAAGUGGCAUUGCUCAUAUAAAAUGGUGUGGAGUAAAUGGAGAAGAUAAUGUGCUUGUUCUUGACUUGCUGGGACCAAGCCUGGAAGACUUGUUUGUCUACUGUGGGAGAAAAUUUUCAUUGAAAACAGUCUUAAUGUUGGCUGAUCAAAUGAUUACCAGAAUAGAAUUUAUGCAUGCUAAGGGGUUUCUACAUAGAGACAUCAAACCGGAUAAUUUCCUCAUGGGUCUUGGCAGGAAAGCAAAUCAGGUCUACAUCAUUGACUUUGGUCUUGCCAAGAGAUAUCGUGAGCCCAACACAAAUCGACAUAUUCCUUACAGGGAGAAUAAAAAUUUAACAGGAACUGCACGUUAUGCUAGUUGUAAUACUCAUCUUGGAAUUGAGCAAAGCCGUCGGGAUGAUUUAGAAUCACUUGGCUAUGUUCUUUUGUAUUUCUUGAGAGGAAGCCUUCCUUGGCAAGGUCUAAAGGCUGCUACAAAAAAGCAGAAGUACGACAAAAUAUGCGAGAAGAAGUUAUCAACCCCAAUAGAGGUCUUGUGCAAGUCGCACCCUGUGGAGUUUGCAUCAUACUUUCAUUAUUGCCACUCUUUAAAAUUUGAUCAGAGGCCUGAUUAUGGAUUCUUGAAGCGCCUGUUUCGGGAUUUGUUUAGCCGAGAAGGUUAUGAGUUUGAUUUCAUAUUUGACUGGACAAUUCUGAAGUAUCAGCAUACUCAAAGGACAAAGACACAUCCUCAAUCAUCUGAUUUGCAUCCUUUUUCUGGAACAAGAAACAACCAAGCAAUGACUAUGGAUAAGCUUAAAGGAAUCAAGGAUGCUUCUUAUUCAGGUGAAGUUAUCGAACACAGAGGACCAAGUAACCUCGGUCGUCCAGAUGUUCGUAUGCAGUUUAGACCAUCGGUUAGUCAAAAUAUGAACGACAAACAUAUGGGGAACAGUACAGCAAUGCCAUCCACUUCAUUAGCUCUUCCUGUUGCCUUGAAAAAGACUUUACCCAAAGCAGAGGGGCCAACUGAAGCUACAAAUAAUGACCGUGGACUUGGGAACAAGACUGGUGCUUCAAGCAGCUGGAUGCCAUCAUUUCAUAGAAUAUCUUCAACCAAGUGACUGGGAGUCCAGAGCUCGCAUUUCAAGUAUCAUGAAGUUUGGACUUUGGAUAGCUCAAGAUCUUGCUGAGAGAUGGCAGAUCGUAUCAAAGCUAUCAAUGAGGUGACCAUGAGAGAGCAAAUAUGUGGGAUUGUGCUGGAGUGGUGCAUCAAAGCCUCAUUUUUUUUUCUGCAUGCAUGGGGACAAUGAUUAAGCCAGUUUCAUGUUUAAUUGUUCGAUGGAUGAUGAUGCAUUUGCUUUAUUUUCUCAUUACUUCAUAAAUAUGGAUCAAAGCCCUGGAUGUUUUACCUGGAUCAAUUUGAAUCUAGGUGCCCGUGUCCACCAGAAUCUGAAAAAGUACUGUAAUGUAGAGUUUCAGUGGAUGUUAGAAGAGUUUAAUUGAUCAAUUGCAGUCACUGCUAAUAUUGAAGUGAUAUGAAGAUAUUUCUGUAUCUCGGAGGUUUAUACCUUAGUUGAUUGAGGUAGAGUGAAUGAAAGAGCCAUGACCAACAGUACACGUGAAACUGUCAAGGUGGGUCUAAUAACAGGUAGCAAUGCUCCUCUUCGAUUCCACUUAGUUACUGUGGAAGUCCAACUAUCAUUUAGUAAUAGCUCAUUGGUUUAAACUCGAAAUCAAGAAGCUUUGAACUGAUUUUUACCCUCUCUUGAUUAUCAUCAUUCAUGCAUUAUUAAGAAAUAUAGUUAAGAUAAAGUCGCUACUUGUCGUCUCGUCUGAUCUGAAUGCGUGGAGCAUCGUUCAAUUUUGACAUUUAAAAAAGGUAAUAGAGGCAAUAGAAGGCUUAUUGUUUUUCAUUUUUU